CACUAGAAAAUCUUACCAAUACCAGGCUGAAACUCCUGCAUGUCACCGAAGCAGAUCCCUUCAAAGAAAGUCACAGCGGGAACAGAGGCAGCUCAGGUUUGGGGACAGAGAGAUGACAGAGGAAGGAAGGUCUGUCAGUCCAAGAAGACGAAAAAGCACCCGUGCUGCAAAGAACCCAAGAGUCUCAUACGAGGAGUUAGGAGACGUGUCUCUCUCAGAUGAGUCUGAUGGGUCUUUGUGGGAUGAAAUGGGACUCAGUGACUCUGAUGAGCUGUCGCAGAACAACAGAAGAAAGAAGCAGAAGAGGACGAUGCAAACUCGCAGGAGGAUGAGGGCGUCAAGUUCAACAAAGAAGAGAUUCACCAGGGGUCAUGAUGCUGCAUCAUCAUCAGAGGAAGAAAGUGAUGACUUUAUUGUUGAUAGUGAGGUCACAAGUUCAAGUUCUUCCUCCCAGGACCACAGCGACGAGUCCUGCCCCAGCCCACAGGAGAUAAAACAGGGCAAGAACAGGCCGAGAACGAAUGGCAGGGCAAGACGUGAUGCUGAAGAUAUGAAGAGGAACUCUGAUGAAGAUGUUGUUGCAGUGAGUAGCUCGGCCAAGAAAAGGAAGAAAAGUUCAGCUCAGUUAGUGUCGUCCUCAGAUGAAGAAGAACAACAGAAGAGGAGGAGGAGGAUCAUAAUUGCGUCAGACAGUAGCGACAGCUCAGAUGAAGGCUGCAGAAAGUUGGAAACUUCAGAAACCACCUCAGCUGAAAAUGGCCAGCCCAACAACCAGCAGCGUGCAGGAGUGAAAGAUGCUGCUGCUAUGAGCGAGGGUGCUGGUGGAGGAGUCCGGUCAGACAAGGGAAGGUCUGAGAAAGAUGGCCGAGACAGAGACAAGCGAAAUGGUACAUCUUCAUCCAAGGCAAGGAGGGCAAGAACAUCUGCCAUACAAGACAAGAAGCAGACUGCCCUGGAGAGGUUAAAGAGGCAGAGGGACAGGAAGAAACAAGGAAUCAACAAAAGCAUGUGUGAAUCAGAGGAGGAGGAAGAAGAAGAUAAAGCUGAAGUCAUCAGUAGUGAAUCUGAAGACUCCUUCAUUGUUUCUGAUGAAACUGAUGAGGAAGAUGGAGAUGAAAUCCUGGAGGAUGAAGAUUCGGUGGGAGAGAUAGUUCAUCAGGAGAAGAAGACACAGUUCCAGAGCUGGUUGGAGCUGAUGCUGUGUGCAAACUUACAGGACAACCCAGGGGAGUACCUCCGCACUGCUAGGUUCAACAGAGACAUUCCAGAUGACACCCGAAAUAAUGUUGCAGAAGUGCUGCACAGGAUACAGGCUGCCACGAGCCUGGUCUUCAGUACGGCCUGGAGGAAGAGCUUCAAAGAAGCCAUUGAAAUGCACCCCUUCUACGUCAACAACCCUUCUCAUAGUUACAUGAACUGUCAGGCAUGUGGUCGUCCUGAUCACCCCAGCUCACAAGCCAUCAGCCUGAGGGGAACACCGUAUGAUAGGGAAACAUUUGAAGACGAUGACUUUGGCAACUACGAGAAGUCGUUUGAUGUAGGGUGCUUCUGCCAAGAGCGGUCGGAACUUUACCAUGGCCUGUACCACUUCAGAUACAGGGUGUUUCACACCUGUAAAGCUGAGGCAGAGAAAACCCUUGCCAUGUUGCGGGAUGAGGGGGAAGAAGACCCAGAUGAUGACAAGGUGAUUGACAGGUGUUUAAAAGACCAGGACUGGACAGAUGAGUUGUUUAAUGAGAUGGAAGGCCUGAUUGAAGAUGUUCACCAGCAGUACACAGCUGACUACAGCAAGCCAUGGAAGGCAGUGUAGUGUGACUCUUGCUCCUUAGAUCUUUUUCUUGCGUAUAGUUCAACACUGGUAUUGAGCAGUUGCUUGCAAUUCUUUCCUCAGGAAUUAUAGCUUACUUCUGAUUUUAUUGUGUACAACUGGAAUGUAAUGUGGAAUCAAACAGCUUAUAGUCUUUCUAAGCUUAAACUAAAUUUAACUGAUUUGUAUAUUUUGAUAAAAGUACACCAAGAUUUUGUAUAAAUUAAAAAAACUUCUGUAAAUCUGGAUGUUUAUUCAGAUUUUAGGUAUCCAUUGUGGAACCAAGAUGUAAAAGAACAUGACAUGAGAUAGGAAAUUAACUAAAGAUGAUACGACAUGAUGAAUUUACAAGACGUUUGAUUUCAAUAUGUACAUUGUAUUUUUGUAGGAGGCUGUAUAUUUUAGUCAUCUGUCAAGCAUUGUAAAAGUAACUCCAGUCUUGUACUUCAUGAAGUGAAACAGCAUUCAAAUGAAAUAUAGAGUCAUAGCCAAUUACAUUGUUUGUAAUAUAGCAGUGCCUUUGGAACUCAGAAAAGGCAGUACACCAGAUAUUUUAUGUACAGUUUUACAUGGAUUUAUAGAUAUGUCUGGAUGUGGACAUGCAUUUCUGAUUACAGCUAACCUUGCAGAUGCCCAUGUACUUGAUAGUACUGUCUGCCAAUAAAGAGCUUAUUUUCA